AUGCUAAGGUUCAGCGGAUCAAUAUCUUGGAGGUUAGGUAUCAGGGCAAUCAUAAGAAAGCAGUCGACUACGAACGCUGCCGCCGUAAAAACUGACAAAAUCGAGGACACUAAGAAUGUUCAAGGAAAAAUACCCAUUGCGGAAACGUUUAAGGAUACUUCAGGUCUCGUAGCCGCUGCAUUUGCACACUUGAACUCUGAAAGUGAAAUUACAACAACUAAGAAACCAAGUCCAAAAUCAGCUAAGAUAAGUCGCCACCAACAGCUCGAGAAUCAAAUUUCCAAAGCUGCUGAUGUGAAUUCUCUGCUCCUUGUUGCUGAAAAUCCUGUUGUGUCUCGAAGACAUGCUUUGAAGAUGGUUUCUAUCUUAUCAGAAUGGUCGAGCACUAACAAAGUGAAUUUGAAUGAAUUCGAGAAAGACCCACGUUUUUUAAAGCUAUGUAGAAUUCUGGCUAGGACCUCAACCACUCAUGCGAUGAGUUCCUUGACAAUGGCAGAGGAUCUGAGCACAGUUCUAGGAAUAACUGGUGAUGAUGAGGCAGCCCGUCUGAUUUCAAAUUUGACGCUGUCACAAAUGAUAAAGGUAAUGAAGGCAUUGCAGCAGAAGGGACGUCGCAGCACACCAUUAUUGCGUGCUCUUUCGCACAACAUAACAAGUCAGGCAGAGGUCAUUGAUCUCAAGAAAUCAGCUGAUUUACUAUUUUCUAUGGCUAGCUUAAACUUUCCUGACCCUCUGCUACUGGACAGGAUAUGCAAUGACGUAAUAGAUAGUUUACCGAAGAACGAAGACAAGCCGGCCGUAGUGAAUUCGAUAAUUGUGUCCCUGGGCCUCAUGAAGUACAGACACGAGCCGGCGCUGAGUGCCAUAACGGAGUGGAUGAUGGACCACAGCAGCGUCUGCCGCACCAGCGACGUGGCUUCGGCCGUCGUCACGCUGGCCACCUUAAACUACGUGCCGCCCGGAUCCGAAGCUCUGUUUGAGAUGGCGCGCUCUCUUAAGGAGGAGGAGGUCGUAAAGCCGUCCACGUGGCUGGACUUGGUCUUCUCGCUCCUCAUUCUCGACAAAGCGGAUCAUCAUCACCUGGUAUCGACAUUACGACCGGAAUUCAUCGAUAAACUGCUCACGACUGGCGACAUCCCGAUCCCUUGUCGCCGGAAGCUGAUGAUGAUAGACGCAUAUAUCCAGCUGACGAGGCAGUCUUCCGUCCUCCUCCCCGACGACGUCCGCGAGGGCGUGCCGCUUGUCUACAACAAGGAGAAGGCGCUCUUCAUUCACGCCGUGCUCGAAACCUUCAGGAGUCUGGUCUCUUCUACCAACUUCCUAAAGAAGGACUGCAAUUCGAACAUGGGCUUCUUGUACGAUGCGGAAUUCGCUGUGGACGCCAAGUGUCACCCCGUGCCUCUGGACAAAGCCGCCGGUGAUAAAAGCGUGUACAGGAUAGCAGUGAUGGCGUUGGACUACCACGACAUGAGCAGAAGGACGAUAGCGCCAUUGGGCACCAGCGAACUGGGCGCGCGGCUGUUGCGGCUCAAGGGCUAUAGAGUAAUACAGAUCCAUUACACGGACUUCGAUCCUAAAGACAAACUGGUGACGAGGGUGCAGUACAUAGAGAAAUUACUCAAGGAAGCUGUGAAUAAUAAAAACAAUUAGUUUAUCUUUAUUAAAUUUUAAAUUGUGUAUUUCGCCAGUGCUCUGAAGUCUACAACAUGUUUAUUAUCUUUGUUCAAACCAAACGAAUGCAGAGUGGUAAUUAGAACUUCAUGCUCUUUUUCCAUAUUAAUGACCAUUCAGAUAAAAAUGGCUUUAUUUAUUUAUUGUAUAAAAUAAUAUUAUUACAAAGUCAGCCUUAAAAAAUCAACAAUUCGUACACUAGAUAGUUAGUAUUAAAAAAAAUAGCCGCGUACAAUGUGCACAGAGUAUACACGCUAUUAAAAAAAAUCAUGAAUGUUGCCAGGUAUUAAAAAAAAAUUUUGCUAAAUUGUGAAGCGUAUUCUGUCAUAUUUUUAAAUUAACAGUAAUCUGUAUAGUUUGUUUUUUUGUGGCACAUUAUUGAGUUUUUAGUUUAAAUUAUCAUUCAGGUGUAACUGGAUUGAUUUGUGAAUGUUUUGGUGGAUUUGUGAAUAGAAUUUGUGAUUUGUAGAACGACGAAACGGAAUCGAUGUUUUCGGUCUAGUGAUGUAGCGAAGUGUUCACGAACUCUGAGCUGUGCUGAAAAUUUUUUGGCACGAAUAAAUUUAAAAACACUUGGAGCGUUAAGAAAAAACUGUUUUUAAUAUACAGUCUAAUAACAAACGUUUUUAUUUUUGAAAAUAUUUUUUUUUAAUGCUGUUGGUGUUUGCCGCUUCUAGUGAUAACGCAAAUUAUAACGAUAAAUCAACCCGAUAACGGUUACGCCAUGUAAAACCUUUUUUCUGAAUUCAUAUAUGUAUUUUUUUUAUUGCUUAGAUGGUUGGACGAUGUCACAGCCCACUUGAUGUGGUU